AUGUCUCCCCCAGUUCCCCAAGACCCGAUCCCGGGCACGGCCCCUCCCGCUGGAGGCGCCCCCCCGAAUAUCGAAAACAAGCCGAACAUUGAGAAGAGCGGAGAGACGGAAGGCGGAGAUCAGCAGGGAGACAAAGACAAGAACGGCGAGAAGGAGGGGGGAUUUGAAGGCCCCAAGACAGACGACUCGGGUUCGACCAUCUCUUUCGACACCCCCCUCGGCAAUACCACACGUCCCCGUGACCGCCCAGACACCCCAGGGCCCGAGUCCCAGCCGAUCCACCCUGGCAUGUUGGCACUCAUGGCCCAGCUGGCUAAUAUCCAGCAAGAGUUGACCGAUCAUAUCAAAGAGCAACGCGCCACUGUCCCCGCUCCCGCGCCGGCCCCGGUCCCAGAGUGUCCCAAGGUUUUCAAACGCCCUGACACGCUGGUCUGCCCGACUCUGUCUUGGUACACGAACGACCCUUUUGCGAUCACGCGACACUUAUAUGCCCUCGAGGUCUACCUCACGGCCGCUCGUCCAACCAUGCUCCCCGAGCACUACCCCUUGUGGGCCAUCGAGCAGUGCAACUUCUCGAUCUCCAAGGUCGGCGAAUGGUUCACAUGGGGCCUCGAGUUCGGCAGGAAGGCUCUCACCUUCAGAAUUUGGAGUAAGCAGUGGAAAGAAAAGGUCCUGGACCCCGAUUGGGUCCGACAAGCGCGAACAGCAGUCAAGUUCAAACGUAUGGAGGGCACCACCCCCCAACACUUCGACGCCUUUGCCAACUCCAUUCGAGAUUACCAGCACCUCCUCUCCACUUCCAGCGACCCCAUCUCUGACCAAGAUGUCAAGCGUUUCCUCAAGGAGGGCUUGAGCUCCCACAUGCUCGUCCUUGACGUGGACAACGCCUUGGAGCAGAAGCAGUUGAACAUAAACACAAUCUCUGUCACCGACCUCAUCGCCCUUAUGUCCAAGAGAGUGACUGUCUGCGCUGCCCAGCUCGCCGCUUUCCAGUCUCACCAGGCUGCAUCUCGACCGCCCCCUCGACCCGCCCAAGCCCCUCGCCCCGCCCAAGCUCGACCGGCCCCGGCCCCAAUCAAAGCGAUCUCCGCUGCCCCUGCCCAGGUUGCCCCUGCCUUCGCCCCUCCCACAGCGGCUGAAGUGCAAGUUUGGCUCGACAGCACCCUUCGUCUCCCACCCGGGGUGGAGGGCUCUAGAGCCCGAGAAUAUCUUCGGCAGCGAGGCCUCU